AAAAAAAUCUUUUCUAAAUAUUAUUUUAUAUAGGUGCGUUUACAGGUGCUAUUAAAACACGCUCGCCCCUGUGCGUGGGCCUCCUCCACCCUCUCCUGCACCCACGGGCCCUCUUCUCCCUCCCACUCCCUCCACCUUGGCCUACCUCGGCGCUGGGCUGCGUCACGUGUCUGCGUCCUGUACAAAUUUUGCAGUAGAGCCUCGGAUCGGCGCAUAUCAGCGAUUAUCAGCGGCAGAAACUGUCUCCAGAUAGAGCGGCAGAAGGAAAAAAAGAAAACACACACGCACGUAAACACGGUAAACUUUUACGCACAUUUUGGAGAUUCUCCCCACCCGCCUCUCUCGUCUUACUUUCUGUGCGCACUGAAGAAGUUUGCGCACUGCGCUCCUGUACGGAGGACCGGAGCGCUUUAUCACCCGACCGUCCUUAUCUGGACAGGAGCCUCCACAUUUUUUGCGCAAUCUGCCCCAAAAGACAGGUUUUCUUCGUGGACGUCCCUGUUACGCGUGGACGAUACCGCAGCACUGACAGCCUCAUAAAUAUUUUUGGUCAAUAUUUUCAUAUAAACGGGACGUGAAUCCGUUUUUUAAAAUGUACCAAAGCCUGGCUCUGUCCUCCAAUCAGUCACCCUACGCGCACGACACGGGGAAUUACAUCCACCCGUCCGCCAGCUCUCCAGUUUACGUCCCCACCAGCAGGGUCCCAGCCAUGCUGCCCACGCUGCCCUACCUGCAGACCUGCGACUCUCCCCAUCAGUCCCACGGCCUCAGCGCGCACCACGGCUGGCCUCAGAACGGCGCCGACGGCUCCUCCUUCACGCCCGGCAGUCCUCAUCCCCCGCCCGGCUUCUCCUACUCGCACAGCCCGCCGGUCAGCACCAACACCGGUCGGGACGCGACCUAUCAGAGCCCGCUGGUCCUCGGAAACGGAUCUCGUGCGGAUCAGUAUGGAGGCGCUCUGGUGCGCUCGGUCGGGGGAUCCUAUUCCAGCCCGUACGCGUACAUGAGCCCGGACAUGGCCACGUCCUCGUGGACGCCGGGACCGUUCGAGAGCGGAGUGAUCACGCUGCAGGGACGACAAGGAGGUCUGCCUGGACGCAGGUCCAGUCUGGAACUGAUGGAUGACUUGCCGACUGAGGGCAGGGAGUGUGUCAACUGUGGCUCCGUCUCCACGCCGCUGUGGCGUCGAGACGGAACAGGGCACUACCUUUGCAACGCCUGCGGCCUGUACCACAAGAUGAACGGCAUAAACAGACCACUCAUUAAACCACAGAAACGCCUGCAGAUGACUUCCCGCCGGGCCGGAUUGUGCUGCACGAACUGCCACACCAGCACCACCACACUGUGGAGACGGAAUGCAGAGGGAGAACCUGUGUGUAAUGCCUGUGGCCUGUACAUGAAGCUGCACGGGGUGCCCAGACCUCUAGCCAUGAAGAAAGAGAGCAUUCAGACGAGGAAACGCAAACCCAAGAUGCCUAAGAUCAAAAUAGCCACAGGAGGAAUCACUGCUUCUGACACCAGCUCCCCACCCUCCCUCUCAGAACACGCCUCCACCAUUAAGAGUGAACCCAACAUGACCCCUUCAUAUGCUGGACAGACAGUCACAUCCGGUGCUCCGACGGCUUCUCAGUUAGAAAGCACAGGAUCAGGACACGUGGACAUUAAAUAUGAAGAUUAUCCCUUUACCCAAACGUCCAUAGCUCCACAAAACUCCUGGUGUGCCCUAUCUCAAGCAUGAACAGCGCCCCCAAUGCUGCUCAACCAGCAAGACUCCCAUGCAGAGACAACAUCACUGUGGAAGAUGCGUCUCCAUCCUGCAACUGUCGAUCCAGAUUAUUGCAGGACUUUAUCCAAAGUUUGGAAAAUGUCUUUGGUUUUAGACAAACAACAAGCAGACAAGCGGCAGUGUGAUGGUGUGAGGCGGACAAGACAUUAUAGACUAAUAUAAUGUGUCAGUCUGGAUCAUGACAUUUUAACAAAGUUUUAAAAAUGGAUCAGUCACCCACAUCAUUGCAAUGGCUCAGUCAGAGUGAAGAAGAGAAACAGAACUAAACACCCUGAUCCUGGAGUUCCUAAACCCACAACAACUACCUACUCAGAGAAACACUCAAAUUCUCAAUGCAAAGACACUCAAUGCAAAGACAAUCAUGUGAAUGUAAGAACGUAUCCUUUUUGUAGGUGUCUGUUU